AUGAAAUCAAAUAAGCUUAGGACCCAGUGGCACUAUCCAAUCUAUACAUUAAAAACUUAAAGGAAGGUAUUCAUCUAAAUUAUUCUUAAUGAACUAAGAAUACUGGAAUCACAAAACAAAUCAUUAAAAACCACAUUAGGAGUAUAUGACUUCGAAGCCAAAAAAAGACCCUAAUCAGGAAUCGAAAAGAUGGCUAACUCACAAAUCAAAAAAAUAGAAUUGGGACAAAAACCAUCAGAUUUUGCAAAAUAUCCGUAAAUACCAUGUUCAAUAAUCCUUAGAACCAAUUAAAAACUGAGCAAUUUGUUCGUUGAUGAGAGUGCCUUUGGUAGUUCUGCAGUCAGAAUCGAAUACAUUAGAGAACUAGAAUUUUUGGUUGAUGCAUUGAAAAAAUAGAAUGCAGAACUCUAAACUCAAAUAUAAACCAAAAAGCCUAAUCUAUAACAGAGUUCGGUAGUUGUACCCAAAAAAUACGAAGGACAUGAUUGUUUGAAUGAUUAGAUACUUGUCUAAAAAUCAACUCUAGUCAAUGUAAGUAAAAUUAAAACAGCCAAUGAGUUAACCCAGAAAAAUAAACUAAAACCAGACAAUUCACUUAAGGACAGAUAAAUACAAAAUUUGAUCGAGGAAAAGAAACUCUUAGAAUAGGAAGUUGGAAUGUAUAAGGAAACCUUUAAAACCAGAUAAACAAAAAAAGAAGGGUUUGAUGCUGACAAAAUGAUCAAGAAGUUUGACAAAAAUUCCAUUAUUUACGGGGCAAAAUUGAAGUACCUUACAUAAGACAAACAUGAUGAAGAAAUUAAAGAGAAAUAUUUAUAGGCUUUAUUACAGGAGACAUUUUUAUUAUAAUAAUAAUUAUAGAAAAUUUAGGAAGAAAGCAAAUACUAUGAUCCACAUAAAAAAACUGAAUAUUGA